AUGAAAAGUGUGCUAAUUCCGUCCUUUACGUUGCUAUUUGCGUUUUCGAUGCUCAUCACGGCAGUAUUGUUAAUCGGAUCGGAUACAGAAAAUUCGACUUAUGUGGACGAGAUGGAUAAUUCGGAUGGCACGAAUAGUUCCGACGACUCGAACGAGAGGGAAAGUGAUGCGGGCGAGAUGGAAUCGCACGACACGGAACGGAAUGAGAUGGAAUCGAACGAGAUGGUACGGGACUCGGAUAAGUGGAAAUCGGAUUUUCGCAACAAUUCUGAAAUUUCUGAACAUGACGAUGAAAUUAUCUCCCUCCUGUACCCUGCAGAAUGA